AGCGCACAGAAUCGCCCUUGGCUGGACUCUGCGGGGCUCGGCUUCUGGCUGUUCUCUGACAAAGGGCUUGUCUGUGCGGCACAGCUCGUCCUCUUUGUUCUGCUGGCUGCAUCCACUGCAGCACAAACACUCCCCAGCUGGGAGUCGGACACAGGCAGAGAUGAGGAAGCCGGGGGCCCAACAGGAAGUUUCCCUUUCACAGGGAGUCCGUGUGAUGUUUUACAUGAUGAAACCCAGCGAAGCGUCCUUCCAAACCCUGGAGGAGGUGCCCGAUUACGUUGAAAAGGCAACUCCUUUUUUCAUUUCCUUGAUGGUGCUUGAAUUGAUUAUCAGCUGGAUUCGCCAAGGGAAGCUACGAGGGCGGCUGGAUGAUGCCUUGACAUCUUUAUCUGCGGGCGUCCUAUCUCAGCUACCAAGACUGUUUUCCAGGAGCAUUGAACUCACUAGUUACAUUUAUAUCUGGGAGAACUACAGACUUUUCAAUAUGCCUUGGGAUUCCCCGUGGACUUGGUACUUGACCUUCUUAGGAGUUGACUUUGGCUACUACUGGUUUCAUCGCAUGGCCCAUGAGGUUAAUAUUAUGUGGGCUGGCCACCAAACACACCACAGUUCUGAAGACUAUAACUUAUCCACAGCAUUGAGACAAUCUGUCUUGCAAAUAUAUACUUCCUGGAUUUUCUACUGUCCCCUGGCUCUCUUCAUUCCUCCUUCAGUAUAUGCUGUUCAUCUUCAGUUCAAUCUCCUUUAUCAAUUUUGGAUCCACACAGAGGUAAUCAAUAGUCUUGGCCCCUUGGAACUGAUUCUUAAUACUCCAAGCCAUCAUAGGGUUCAUCAUGGCAGAAAUCGUUAUUGCAUAGACAAAAAUUAUGGUGGUACUCUGAUAAUAUGGGAUAGAAUUUUUGGGACCUUUGAGGCAGAAAAUGAAAAAGUUAUAUAUGGCUUAACACAUCCCAUUAAUACAUUUGAACCAUUCAAGGUGCAGUUCCACCAUCUAUUGUAUAUAUGGACUACAUUCUGGAUCACACCUGGAUUCUUCAAUAAAUUCUCUGUCAUAUUUAAAGGACCAGGAUGGGGUCCAGGAAAACCAAGACUUGGAUUGAGUGAGGAAAUCCCAGAAGUCACAGGGAAAGAAGUUGCCUUCUCAUCUUCAGCAUCUCCGCUGCUAAAGAUCUAUGCUGUUGUUCAAUUUGCUUUGAUGCUGGUAUUCUAUGAAGAGACCUUCUCAAAUAAGGCUGCAUUACCACAAGUCACUCUAUUUCUGAGGAUUUGCUUCAUUAUCCUUACUUUGACUUCCAUUGGAUUUCUUAUGGAUCAAAGACCUCAGGCAACAUUUGUAGAAACUUUCCGUUGCUUGAUCUUCCUAAUGCUGUGUGAAUUUGGGCACCUGAAACUUCUGAUACCUUCGUUCUCAUUGGCUUUUGAGAUUUUUUUUUCCAUCUGUGUUGCCUUCUGGGGAGUAAGAAGCAUGAAACAGCUUGCCUCUGGACCUUAAGUGUGUACAGAAUUCUCUUGUUUUAAUCAACUGCACACAAUGACAAUAUAGUAUUAAUGCGUAUGGAAAUAUCAUUGUUUUAUAUAAGGUUAAUAUGAACCAUUAAUGAAUAUGCAUAAUGUAAUGUUCUUCAGUGAAUAUUUUUGCUCUUGCUUUUGUUUCAGAUUUUACUAUGGUCUAUUAAAAUUAGAGUCUUGUGUAGCUACUUUCCUUUCCUGCAAGGAGGCUUGGUGGCGUCAUUGGUUCCACACUGGGCUGCAGCCUACAAGGUCAGCAGUGAGAACUCCCCAGUCGCUUGUAUGGGACAAGUUGAGGUUUUUGCUUCUGUAAAGAUUUACUGGCACCCCUCCUGAACAGUUCUAUCUUUACCCUAUAGCUUCAUUAUGAGUCAGAAUCAUCAUCAUGACAGUGAGUUCCUUUAUUGCUACCGUUGAGCACCAAAAUAUUUUAAAUAUAAUAUUAUUUUAGUCACUGGUAUCAGCUAUUCUAAAAGCGCUGGGCAAAAAGAGACGGGAACAUUUUAAAAUCAGUAAGGAGAAUGAUUGCCUUUGUAUCGAUACAACAACUUUCCCUUUGGUAUUUGUUAGUAGCAUGCUUAGUAACAAAACUGGAUUAUGUGAUUUGCCUGCCUACAUUUUAUUUACUUUUGCAAACUACACAGUCUAAGAAACUACACUAAAAAAAUCGUGAUGUGAGAAUGAAUAGACUUUGUCAGAAAGUAUUUAUUCAGCAGAUUAAUUUGUGAUACGUGAGGCUAAUGUGUUUCUGGCAGAAUGAGGACAAUGUAGUAUUCUUGUGUAGUUUAACAUUGUCACAAUAUUAGUAAUCUCCAAAUAAAAUUCCUCCAGGUGUUGAAUGUUCAUUUUGGGGGAGAGAUUAUAAAAACCUGCCAAGUGUUUCAUAGGAAAAAAUGACAGGGUAACUUUCAAAGGAAGAGAACUGAAAUUCUUUGGGGGGGGGGAGGGGAACAGCCUUUUCUUCUCAUCUUACAAUAUUUCUUAGAAUUAAAAUGAUAAUUUAAGUGAUAAAGUUGCCAUCACUAUAGCAGUUAAUGCUGCUCUUCCUUGAGCUUUCCAUUGUCCAUUACUGGGAUAAAGACAAUUAAACCCACUUCAUAAAUACACUUUUCAAACUUGAAACAAAGAAAAGAAUGCAACCUUUACGAGAACAAGACACAGGUGUCCAUGUGGACUCAAAAUCCAACAUCACAGCACCGUCUGUUUCUCAAACUGCAAUGACAGAGGUAGAUGAGGUUUUGCAUGACGGAAAACAUUAACAAAUUAUACCCCAAACGUCAGAAGUAGGAGUUUGGCUCUGCUUCAUUCGUCUUCUAUACUUGUUAAUUUAACACAGUUUUAGAGCAAGCACUGAAGCCCAUAACAAGUACUGAGCCCUGCUUUUUGUCUCUUGCCAAUGGUUCUUGCUGGACUUUAAAUGUGUGCUAUCAGGUUAAAAUACAGAGCCCUCUGCUGGCUGGUCACUGUUAACUAAGAACAUAAACAUCAUUGAGACCCCCAUUCUAUCUCCUAAACAAUCUUCUGUUUGUAGGUAACAUCUUCUGGUAAUAACAAAGAAAAGAUCAUUUUAAAAAUCUUUAAAUAGCUAGUGUUGUAAGCUUUAAAAAUCAGCUUUAAAAGUAUAUUUAUAAAAUGGGCUUAAUUGUCAUCAAAUAGGUUAACUUGUGCUCCCUGAAUGAGUUAGUUUAUUGUGCCAACCUGGCUGAUAAACACAUGCGGGGUUAAUUGAAGGGUGGAGGAAUAAAUGGCUC